AAUCCUGCAGUCUCUCAAACUGCACCAGAUCCUGAGGUCAGAAACCUCCCGUUACUUGUGACAGGUGUUAAUGUACGAUGAAAUCUCUUCUUCGCCAAAAACUCCAUCCUCAGUCAAUCCUCGCCACCGCUUCAGUACACAUCAUGCUGACCCAAACUCUCCUCUUCGUUGUUGUCACUACGGCGCUCGCCUCGCCCGUUCCCUCAAAGGUCCUCUACGACCAGCGGCAAGAAGGUGAGUGGAACGUCCAUGCAGAUUUGAGGAAUUUUGUUAUUAUGGUCAUCCCGACACAAACCUCCUCGAGCACGCCGUCCACUGGUGGUUUACUUGACUUCUUCGUCAAGUCUUUACCAAAAAGGUCCCAAUUGAAAAAUCUUGAAAAGAAAGGAGUUCCGGGAGAAGAGACUCUGCAUUUUAUCGAGUCCAAAACGGCUCCAUAUCAUGUAGACAUCAGCAGAAGUAAAAGCCAGUUGGCGAGACUUCAUCCUGACGUGCCUGCUGUGGUCAAUGCUGAAGAAAUUGUCAUAGCAAAAUCGCCCACUAUUGAGCUAGUCAAGGACGAAAAUCCUCAUCCAAGAGUAGCCAGAGCUUUUCUACUUACAGUUCCACAAGACGAAGAAUUCGAGAAGAAGAAAGAUGGGAAGAAAAAGAAGGAAAUUUCAAAGUCGGUUCUUAAGCUUUUGGGGGCCGAAAAUGACGAGGAGUGCGGACCUGGACUUGCCAGAGACUUGGAAGGAGUCUGCAGAACAAUCAAGCAAUAACUCUUGUCCCAAAUCCUUUAUGUAUUUAUUUUUUUAUAAAUAAAAUAUUUUGUAAUUAA